AUGUUGAAAUGUAAAUUCAAGUAAAAUUAUUCUAGAAAAGUACUAAAAAGAGAUUAGCGAUAACAGUAAGCUUCUUCUUCUUAACACUGUUUUACUUCUAAGAAAGAAAUGUAAAAUUUCUAAAUAACAUUCUUAUUUAAUUUGUUAUAUCUCAUUUCCUUAUCUUUUAAUUAAUUAUUAUUAAUCUUUGAACUUAUUCUCAAAAAAAUCCAUGUUUAAGAUAAUUAAACGAAAGUACUCGAUAUAAAAGUAAUUUUAGCUGAUGAUGACAAUUCUAGAUAAUGUAGCCCUGCUUUAGAUUCAAGACUCUUGGAAGUUAUCAGGGAUCUACCCCAACAUUUAAAAUAGAAGUUAGACAGUUUAAUUCAAAAAACUAAUUAUCAGUUGAUUAAAUAAAAUGAUGAUUGUAUUUAUUAUGGAAUAAUGGAAAAUUACCAAAAAUAAGGGGUAGGAGUUUAGAUAUGGCCAAAAAUAGGAAAUUUAUUAGAAGGGUAAAGAAUAUUACAUGAUAUUUAGCAAAUGGGAAAAUGAUCAAUUAGAGGGUUAUUGUAGAAUGAAUUAUGCAAAUUGAGACAGGUAUAAUUUAUUUCUAAUUUAACUCUGUUUUGAAUGCAAUUUUUAAUAUGGAAAAACAAAUGGGUUCGGAAUCUUUAAAUCUUAAGAUAAAUUAUUGAAAUGUAUAAUAAUGAAAAAAUGAAUAGGACUA